CCCGAGACCUCGUUACGGAUAGUUACAUCAUGGUUGGUAAAGGGUGCGGGAGAAAUCCUCGUUCUCCCCGCAGAAAUACUGACAUUCUAUCGGACAUGGUUCUUUCAUAAACUAGGUCUAUAUGUCAUAAAACAAAACGCAGUUAUUUUGCAGUAAUUCCGGAAUAUACACUACUAUCGUGCGUAUCAUCUGUUAUGGAUACAGAAACAUUGUAAUUUUCUUCUGGCACAAUCUGCCCUCAAGGAAGUUAUCAUGGUUCAUUCCAGCCCACUGGAGCUAAUAGAAGCAGAGAGAUGGAGAUGAUUGUGUCCUGCUAGACCCUUCUUGCUAAUGUAGCCUCCCUGUGUGUGAGGGUACUACUCCGUCUACUAAGAGGUUCAGACUUUUAUGGCACAGGUGGUAGUGCACUUACCUCGCAACCAUAGUGUUGCUGGUUCAAGCUCUGAGUGUCAGAGGUGGGUUUUCUGAGAUAUUUUUUGAUUGUAUAUUUAACUUUUUUUAUUUUUUUUAUUAUCUAUUUGACUUUCUUUGGCAAUGUAAAAAUAUUUUUCCCAUGCCAAUAAAGCCCUUUGAAUUGAAUUGAGAGAGAGAGAGAGAGAGAGAGGGGAUGUGUAGAUGCUUAUAGCCCAUGGGUCUGGUUAGCUGCGACAGUGUGUGAGAUACCCAUGGUGCACUUGGGGAGUGGUAAUGCAAAAUACAGUGGGUGGACAGUACUGCACACACACACACAAACCCCACAGAAACCCUGAGGAAGUUGACUGCUUUGAUGGGAACAUCAGUCUCACCAUCAGACACUGACCAAAGCAGGCUGUGCUACGUGGGCAGAAUAAGCUGGGCUGUAGAUACACACACACAAACACUUUGAUAAAACACAGGCCAUGCAUAAAUCUCUCGCUCCUUCUUUAUCUCUGUUCCACACUCACACAUCUCUGCUUUCAAACUACAGCACCAAAAACACUAUCUGGCGCGCGUGCUCUCUCUCUCUUUCGAGAAAGGGCCACACACACACAUACACACACUUCCUGUUGGGGUGAGUCAGACCCCAUGGAGAGUAAUGAUGGGCAAUGAUUACAUUGAGUCAACAGUCAACAUGAUCUAACAGCCCAGCAUAGCAACACCACAACACAAGAAACAUAUAUAUAGAGAGAGUGGGUGGGGGGAGAAAGAGAGAGAGAGAGCACGAGAAGGGGAGGAGAGGGGGAGAAAGUGAGAGAACAAAUACACACGCUCCGUGUUUGGAACUAUGUCAGUGAUGGUGAUAUGUCUGUGUGUUUACUUGGGUGUUACAUGCAACCAUACACAAUAUAGGACGAGUGUAAAGCAUGCUUUAACAUGAUCUGACUGUAAUUCAUAAAUAAGAGAAGGAAAACUGCAGUGAGAAAAGGAUUAAAGAGACGAAUGACAUGAAUGAAAGAGACAGAUGAAAUGAAUGACGUUCUGUACGGUACUGUGUGAGAUCUAUAUAGACUGUAUAGACUGUAUAGACUGUAUUAUAGACUAACUGUAUAACUGACGUGUAAGAGUUGAUGGAAGUGGCACAUACGGUAUAGUGUUAAUUGGCAGGCCUGUUUUGCCCCGUCCAUAACUUACUACUGAGACCUACAGGAGCCAGGCCCCCAGUCCCUCAGUCCCCCAGGGCCUGACCAGGGAUGUUACUGAUGCAGCUAAUGGUAACCAUACAGGAAACACCAUCAAGGCAGAAAACAAACAUUCAAUACAACACCAAGACCCAUUGGGCAUCAGAUCAAUCUGGAGGGAAUGCUAUUUGAGUCCGAAAAGGAUGUUCAUAUGAUAGGUAAGAUAAAGAAAAUCUUGCCGAGAGCAUAUCCAACUGACAAUCUCUUAGGAAAAAAUAUAUAAACUAUUGGAACCACAACUUAAAAAUAACUGAUAUUGGCACAAGAUGGAGGGAGUGUUGGAACAUAACUAAUGAAAUGACAGUUAACGAAAAAUGUAUGUUUAAUCCAUUAUAAACUAAUGUAUAGAAUUUAUUAUACAAGAGACAAAUUUCACAAAUUCUACAGCACAACGGCAGAGUCAUGUCUCAAGUGUAAAACUAACAAUGACUCAAUAAUCCUUCUGGGAAUGUUCUAAAGUCUAAAAGUUAUGGGCGGAGAUAGAACGUUGGCUGUCAUAAGUAUUACAAUGUAAAUGUACUUUUAAGACAUGGCAUAUGAGGGUGCAGUUAGAUACCCUAUGGGUUGGAUAAUACUUGUCUUGUCAAUCAUCUUGAAAAAUGUGUACUUUCCUCCGUCAUUAACACAAUGGAAAGGUCAAAUGCUUUUUUAUCUAAAUGUUGAAGGUGCAUGGGUGACGGAGAGAAACAAAAUGGUGCAGUUUGAGGCCAUGUAGCGGAGAGUGAUGCUGGAGAUGUGGGUGUGAGCAUGUGGGUCUGGCCAGGAGGUGUGAGAGAGCCAUGCGUGGUGGUGGUGGUGGUGGUGGUGGUGGCAGGGGGCUGUGGCAGGGCAGCGAGGCCCAAAGGAGAGAGGAGCACAGAGCUCAGGCUCGCCUGCAGGGGGGGUUACAGAGACUGGAGCAGGCCACAAGCUACCACCUCAACACACUCACCACAGAACAACGAAGACUACACAGAGACAUGCUCAACAUCAGGACCGGUAACCCCAGGAGGAGGAGCCUUCACCCUCUGGUGUCGCAACCUGUCAACCCUGACCCCUCCCAUCUCUCCAUGCCCUGCAGGACUACCCUACCCACAAUCCCACGGGCCACCAGAGACCCAAAGAAACACAGGUCAGUGAAAGCUGUGUGUGGGGGAGUGUCUGGUCUGGCUGCACUCCAGGCUCGGGUCCAUGACUUCCUCUGCAGCUCUGCAGACCCACAGAGACAGGGGACAGAGAGCUCAGUGGUGCCACUCUGUCUGCCAGACCUCAAACUGCAGCCUGCAGCAGAAUUGACCAGCACUGGGCUGGGGGAGAGAGGGGAAGUGGAAGGUAGGGAGGGGAGAGCUGAGAGAGAGAGAGAAUAUGUGAGGGGGAGAGAGGGGAGGGCAACGAGAAAGAAGGAGGAAGAGAACGGGAGGACAGACAGAGACAGAGAGAAAGAGGAGUAUUAUCCUCUCCCUCCUCCCCCCUCCGACAUCCUCGCUGCUGAUGGUCGGCCCAGAACGCUUCACCUCCUGCCUGAUUUCAACCAAUCACUGGCCGAGGCUCGUAAAGCUCGCUACAUCCGUUACCGAGGUCGACCCCCCUGCGAGAGGGAGCUGUCAAUCACUGAGAUAUUCGCCAGGGGCAACACAGGUUCCAUCCACAGAUUCUGAAAAGAGAAUAACCCUGUAAGACAGAACAAAUCCUGUGAGUGUGGCUAGUAGUGUGUGACUUUUCUUUUAACCUGGGACCUCCGCGCAUGUGUUAGUCCAUUAAGCAAAAGCCUUAGUACUUGCUCGGGGAGCUAUAGCAAGUCUUCAGGUCUCAGGUAAGGUUACUCAUCAUGCGAGCGUGGUUCAGCAAACCACUUCCGUUAUAUCAUGGACACCUCCAUAAACAUUAGAUCCAUUCCAACCUACUAUGUUUGGACUACAUUGUGUCAUACUGAACAGGGCUUUGGUCGCUGAUACACCUGUUCUGUGCCAAACUGACAAUGCAUCUUAUUCAGUGUUUCUAUUGUAUUAGGCAAGUUAGUUAAGAACAAAUUAUUAUUUACAAUGACAGCCUACCAGGGAAUAGUGGGUUAACUGCCUUGUUCAGGGGCAGAACAACUGAUUUUUACAUUGGGGAUUCAAUCCAGCAACCUUUCAGUUACUGGCCCAACGCUCUAACCAUGAGGCUACCUGCCACCCUGUGAAUGUAUAUCUGUGAAUGUAGCAUUUGAGAUUUGCUCAAUGUGAAAGUCCAUAAUAUCUAUUGUGUUAAAUCAUGUACCUGAUUGAAAUUCUCAAUGUAUGUAAAGUAUAAUGUUUAAAACUGUUGGCUCAUGAAUCAUGAUUUAUCGCAAUAAAAUAGAGGCCAUGAGGUGGUUGCA